GUGUUGCUAUGACGCCGUGCCCUAAUUAGUGAAUUAAAGGAAAGACCAUAUCUUCUGAUGUUCGACCCCAAAUCAAACUCUAUCACAAGGAUUGUAUUUUAUAAUUGACCAAUUGAAGAAACUGCCAUCAUGUCUGGAUCCGGAUCCCCAGCAAGGUCUCCAUCACCUUCACAGUCACCAAACUCUGGUGAGAAAAAAUCUAGACAAGAUAUUGUUUCUCGACAAUCCGGAAGAGUGACCUUCCCACAAUCCAUCAAAUCGGCUUCCCAAAAUUCAGUAAUAACAGAAGAUGAAGAAAUGCCAGCCGACUUCAAUCCAUUCACCAUGCCUGCUGAUAAUGAUAUAUUCAUGUUACGAGACAAGGAAAGGCAGAGAAAGAAAGCAGAAAGAAUCAAGCAAAGGGGACUCAAAGUCCACGAGAAGACAACAUACACAUCUCGUGUUAAUGCCUUGAGGGCCUCUAUGAGAAGGCCUUUGGAUGAACUUGAUGCUGAAGAAGAUGAUGAAGCAGGAGAUGAGAAGGCACUGGCUGUUAAGGAUGACCCAUCAUUUACUAUUGCUGUCACAAGAGACAGACAUGUUGAGAAAGAGAGCCUUCCAGACUACAUUGCCAAGAAGCGAGAGAUGUUUCUGGUUCAAUAUUCCCUGGGCGUGAAGCGAGAUGAGAUGCGCAAGCUGGAAGAGAUUGCAUCAGCAGAGGAGAGGAAGCUAGAGCUGGCUGAGCAAUACCUGGAGGAGGAUGCAGCCAUGUUUGAUGAAUUCCUCAAGGAGAAUGACAAGAACUCUGUAGAGGCAAUCAAAAUAGCUGAAGCAGAAACAAAGGCCAAGAUGGAAAAGGUGCAAGAAAUCAGGAAAAUCAAUGAAGAGAUUGGACGUAUCAGAGGUGAAAUUUCAAAGAAUGAGGUGCUGCUGAAAGACUACCAACUCUACAAGAAGUUUUUAGAUUCUCUCACACCCGCAGAAUGGAAAGAAGAAAAUAGAACGCAGAGGAUGGAGAAGAGGAAACUGAAGAAUAAAGAUCGUGAAAAGCUCACAUCAGCAAGCAGAAAGAAAGUAUCGUCUGCAAGUACUGAAGGAAGAAAUUCUAGGUCCAGUAUGUCAAAGGGUCUGGGCAAGGCAUCUAGUAGAGGAUCAGCUGUUAAGAGAGCAACGAUUCAGAGUCCAGCUAAGAGUGAAGAUGAAGCACGACCAGCAGAUGACGACUCUGACUAUGAGAGCGAUGAGGAGCCAGAGUUGUUCUUCAGUGACCCUCAACAGCUUCUUGAUAUAUUUGCUGACUUGGAGGAACAGAACCUAUCCUUGAUUCAGAACAGUCAAGAAACAGAAGAAAACCUGGAGGAGAUCAAACAGACCAUCACAUCAACAGAAACAAGAAUGGACCGUGAAACAGAGAUUCUUAAGCAGCAGAUUGACAUGUUAAAACAUGCCAUUGAUAGAGAAGAGGAGAAAGCCAAAGAUCUAGAGCACAAAUCCAAAAUGUUUUCUUUUGGUGAAUUCAAGGCAGAAGAUCAGGGAUCUACAAGUGCAGCCAAUAAAUCGUCAGCAGGUCGAUCUGUAGAUUCCCCUUCGUCAACCGAAGCCAUGUUGGAUACAUUAAACAACAAAGUAGAAGAGGUCUAUGCCAAUUGUAUUGGUGACAAUGAAGCAAAUAUCAGCACUCUCCAGAUGUUGACGAACAUAGAGAACAAACUGGAGGAACUCUUUGAGAGCAUCGAGACCAUGCCCCCAGAGAAGGUCGAAGCUGCAGAGAAAGCCAAGGAGAAAGAGAGACGUCUUCGCCUUCGAGAGGAGAAGUUGGAGGCUCAGAGGAUCCACCAAGAGGAGAGGGUUAGGAGAGCCCUAGAGAGGGCACAGGCAGAUCCCAAGAAAAAGACUGGUCGCAAACUUGUCUAUCGUUCAGAGCCCCCACAAACAAAGCGCAAAGUUGAUCGUUCCAAGGAGAAGGCCAACAAAGAGGAGGAGGAGAUGGCAUAUUUCUUCACAUAGGAUAUUCUUGAUAUGGUUAAUGUCAAAUUGUCUUAAUGACUGAAUAUUACCCCAAGGUCUUUUGAAUUAUCUAUGCUCAUAUUUUGACUUUGGCACACAGGUUUGCAGGAUCAAUCAUGACAUAAUAAGCUAUGACGAACCUCAAAUUCAUCCGUCCAAACAUUUUGUAGAGGUUUUCACCUGUAUUACUACUUCUAUUGUGGCUGAAAGUUGUGACUGAUAUGGAAUUAAGACAAAUUCAUUGUUUAAAGUGGAACAUUAUCAGGAAUCUUCACCAAGAAAAUAUGAUAUAUAUCUCAUUUUACUUCUCUGCCAUUUCACAAAGUAUUCCAUCCUUCUCUAUUAAAUAGUGCUGGGUUUUUCUUGUUCUAUAUACUGUCAUGAUGAGACCUCCCCCAACACCCCCCCCCAAAAAAAAAAAAAACACAAACCUUGACUUGUUUAACACAUUUGACAUGCUUAACACUUGAAGGAAAUGAAGGAACAGAAAAAAAAUACUGAAGGGAAAAAUGACUGACGAUUACAGAGUUAAGAGUCUACCGUAUAUGCUUUUUUUGGCUACCACAUUAUAUAAUGUUUACAAGUAUAUAUAUAUAUAUAUAUAUUGUAUUCAUUUGAGAGGCCGUUACAUUAUCUUGUUUAUAAAUGAAUGCAUUUUGUAUAGAAUGAGAAUCUAUAUUAUGUAGUAUAAAUUAUGCAUUAAAUAAUUAUCAACAUUU